AUGGCUGGAUCUCGCCAAGAUCCCUUCGAAGUGGGGAGUGAUAUGGACGAAGACGAGGCGUUGCGUUAUGCCAUUGCCCUUUCGCUUCAGGAACAAGAGCUCCAAGGCGAGCAAAGUUCGCAGAUCCCGUGCGCCUCGACCUCGACAUCCCGCCGGAAUGGGGAUGGUUCGGGCGGGGCUGGCCUCGGUUUGCUCUCGCUCGAUCGCAAGAAGAUGGAAGAGGAAAGGCUGCAGAGGUUAGCCAAGCGGCGUCGCUCACCAACAGAUGAAGAUGUUACAGAGGUCCCGCCGCCAAAGAGAGUGACGCCAUGUGUCGAACCCCCCCGGACCGUAGCUGGUUCUCUGCCGGCGAGCUUGCUGCCUUACCCCAAGGGCGCCAUCAAAAGGACAUGGGCGUAUGGGUACCCUCGAACGCCAGAAGACAUCAAGAUCGAAGAGGUCUUUCAGAAGGACAAACUAGAGCUUGCUCUCCUAAGCUCGUAUCAAUGGGACGACGAAUGGCUCGUAUCCAAGUUCGACUUGAGAAAGACCAAGUUGCUCCUGCUGGCAUUUGCCGACAGCGAGGCCCAGAAAUCAGAAAUGCGAUCCAAUGCGCCGCCAGGCAUCAAGUUCGUCUUUCCGGCAAUGAAUGGGCCUGGGGCGAUGCAUUCCAAGCUCCAGCUGCUAAAGUACCCCGACUAUCUUCGAGUUGUGGUCCCGUCAGCUAAUUUGGUCCCCUAUGAUUGGGGCGAGACCGGUGUCAUGGAGAACAUGGUCUUUCUGAUUGAUCUCCCUCGACUAGAUGGCUCCGCGACUCAUCGGCCAACCCCAUUCAGCAUUGAACUUGGCCGAUUCCUGUCGGCAACUGGUGUUGGCGAGACCAUGGUGAACAGUCUCACCAACUACGACUUCUCGCAAACAAAGCACCUUGGCUUCGUGUACACCAUCCCAGGCGGACACCAAGGAGACGAAUUGAAGCGGAUAGGAGAUGACGGCCUGGCCGAAUUCAAGUCGAGAACAGGUCGAGCGGGCGCAGCAGGAAAAAAUAAGGCGUCCAAUCCAUGGCAAGGCAAGCUAAGGGACCGUUUCCGAAUAUAUUUCCCGACAAACGAGACGGUAACCAGGAGUCGAGGUGGGCGUAAUGCUGCGGGCACCAUCUGUGUGCAGCCCAAAUGGUGGCGCUCACCAACCUUCCCCACUGAGCUCGUGCGGGACUGUGUUAACACCAGACAUGGGCUCCUGAUGCACAGCAAGAUGAUCUUGGUAUCACAGACGGAAGCGGGAAGUCAAAACCAAAGUCAAUUGCAAACGCGUCCGCAAACGCGACGGGAGCCGCGGGGACACGACCAGGGGUCCGCUAGUACCCAAAGGGACCCGAAAACGGCAAAUAAGUCUCUGGGCUGGGUCUACGUCGGUAGUGCAAAUCUGUCAGAGAGCGCAUGUAGCACUGUCUCUGCCAGCUUCAGUGAGGGUGCUAGCGCCAGCACCAAGGUCAAGGCGGCGGCGGCGGCAGAGACAACUGCUCAGGCGCAGACACAGGCACGGUCAUUAGUGCAGACGGGGAAGACACUGAGGCAGCCGGACAAGGGACGUGAUACGAGCCAACAAGAUCACGUCGAGAGGCAAAAGCAAUCGAAAUCGGAACAGCAACAACAAAAACAAACAGACCAUCUUGAAAACACGGACGUGGACGUGGACGUGGACGUGGAGAUGGACAUGGAGAUGGUGUUGGAGGGCACAGUCCCAAUUCCAAUGCAACGACCAGGACGACGCUACCGCGAGGACGAAGAGCCAUGGUUUUACAGUAUGCAGGAGUGA